UCUCCCAGCUGCUGUAAUUGCUGCUGCGGGAGAAAUUGGAGCCGCUGUCGUCGGCGCGCCCGCCCUCCCCCACAGAGAGCCACCGCCUCUUCGCUCACUCUCCUUGUACACCUAUCGCCGGGAGCGGCGGCUGCAACAGUCCCUGGACCCACCGCCACCUCCUCAGGCUGCCGCUUGACUGGUCGUUCCCGCAGCGCGGCAGCUGACGGCGGCCCCCUGCUCCUCACCGGCUCCUCACUCUAGAUCGUCUCCUCCGUCCCUAUCCUCGCCCGGGACCCACCUCCUCACGGUCUCGCCGGGGAGGAGGACGACAAGGAGGAGACGAAAGUCACCCUCCCUCCAGGCGGCGCCGGCCCCCUCACCCGCGGGUGUGUCCUAUAAAUGGCGUCGGAAAGCGACACCGAGGAAUUCUUUGAUGCUCCUGAAGAUGUGCACCUAGGGGGCGGCUACCCUGUAGGGUCUCCAGGAAAGGUUGGAAUUUCAACAUUAAAGGAAACUGAGAACACUGCACACAAAGUUGGAAAUGAGUCUCCUGUACAAGAACUGAAACAAGAUGUGUCUAAAAAGAUUAUUGAAAGUAUUAUUGAGGAGAGUCAGAAAGUACUACAGCUGGAAGAUGACUCCUCAGAUUCCAAAGGAAAAAGACACUCUGAUCAGGCUACUGCCAGUUCUAUUGUAGCUGGAACAGAUCUUAGCAAUAUACCUGGACUGUUAGCCAUAGAUCAAGUACUACAGGAAGAUUCCAAAGAAGCAGAAAGUCAGAAUGCAAUUGAAGAAACUGAAUUAGAAUCAAAAAGAUGUUUUCCUUCUGAUGACAUCUAUGAGAAGUCAGUAGAUGAAAUCACUAAGUUAACUGAAAUAGGUUCAACUGAGCAGCAUAAUGUGCCUGCAACUGAAACAGAAGUAUUGAACAAGGAAGCUGUGGAAGCCAAAGGAAGUGAUGUUCUAGAACCCAUGUCCUCAAACUCUUUAUCUACUAAAGAUUUUGCUGCCAUGGAAGAAGUGGCUCCCGCCAAACCCCCAAGACAGCUUACUCCAGAACCUGACAUUGUGGCAAGUACAAAGAAGCCUGUUCCAGCACGCCCUCCCCCUCCAACUAAUUUCCCACCUCCUAGACCCCCACCUCCAUCUCGACCUGCUCCACCACCAAGAAAAAAGAAAAGUGAAUUGGAGUUUGAGGCCCUUAAAACACCUGAUCUAGACGUUCCCAAAGAGAAUAUUACAUCUGAUACUCUCCUAAGUACGAACAUGGCUUCAGAGAAUACAGUCAAGGAUUCUCAACCUUCUCUUGACUUGGCAAGUGCUACCAGUGGAGAUAAAAUAGUUACUGCCCAGGAAAAUGGAAAAGCACCUGAUGGGCAGACUGUAGCAGGUGAGGUGAUGGGCCCUCAGAGACCUAGAUCCAACUCUGGAAGAGAGCUUACUGAUGAGGAAAUUUUAGCCAGUGUCAUGAUUAAGAACCUAGAUACUGGAGAAGAAAUACCUUUGAGUCUUGCAGAAGAGAAACUGCCAACAGGUAUUAAUCCUCUCACUCUACACAUCAUGAGAAGGACUAAGGAAUAUGUAAGUAAUGACGCAGCACAGUCAGAUGAUGAAGAAAAGUUACAAUCUCAGACAACAGAUACUGAUGGUGGAAGGUUAAAACAGAAAACGACUCAACUGAAGAAGUUCUUAGGAAAAUCAGUAAAGAGAGCAAAGCACCUUGCAGAGGAAUAUGGUGAGCGUGCUGUGAAUAAAGUUAAAAGUGUUAGAGAUGAAGUGUUUCAUACUGAUCAAGAUGAUCCUUCAUCAAGUGAUGAUGAAGGAAUGCCAUAUACAAGACCAGUCAAAUUCAAAGCAGCACAUGGUUUCAAAGGACCUUAUGAUUUUGAUCAGAUCAAAGUGGUACAAGAUCUUAGUGGUGAGCAUAUGGGAGCUGUGUGGACCAUGAAAUUUUCUCACUGUGGCCGAUUACUUGCCUCAGCUGGACAAGAUAACGUAGUGAGAAUAUGGGCUCUAAAAAAUGCUUUUGACUAUUUCAACAAUAUGAGAAUGAAAUACAAUACCGAAGGACGUGUGUCCCCAUCCCCUUCUCAGGAAAGUCUGAAUUCAUCAAAGUCUGAUACAGAUACAGGGGUAUGCAGUGGAGCUGAUGAAGAUCCUGAUGAUAAAAAUGCACCUUUUCGGCAGCGGCCAUUUUGCAAAUAUAAAGGACACACCGCUGAUCUUCUUGAUCUUUCAUGGUCUAAAAACUACUUCCUGCUUUCUUCUUCGAUGGAUAAAACGGUCAGGUUAUGGCACAUUUCCAGAAGAGAAUGCCUUUGCUGUUUUCAACAUAUAGAUUUUGUCACUGCCAUAGCUUUCCAUCCAAGAGAUGACAGGUAUUUUCUAAGUGGGUCAUUGGAUGGAAAGCUCCGCCUUUGGAACAUACCUGACAAAAAAGUUGCUUUAUGGAAUGAAGUAGACGGUCAAACAAAAUUGAUCACAGCUGCAAAUUUCUGUCAGAAUGGCAAAUACGCAGUGAUUGGGACAUAUGAUGGCAGAUGUAUUUUCUAUGAUACAGAGCAUCUGAAAUACCACACACAAAUACAUGUCCGAUCUACCAGAGGACGCAACAAAGUUGGAAGAAAAAUUACUGGUAUUGAACCUUUACCUGGAGAAAAUAAGAUACUGGUAACCUCAAAUGACUCCAGAAUCAGACUAUAUGAUCUUAGAGAUUUGUCACUCUCCAUGAAGUAUAAGGGUUAUGUCAACAGCAGCAGCCAGAUCAAAGCAAGUUUCAGCCAUGAUUUUAGUUACCUCGUUAGUGGCUCAGAAGAUAAAUAUGUUUAUAUCUGGAGUACUUACCAUGACCUCAGCAAGUUUACUUCAGUCAGGAGAGACCGUAACGAUUUUUGGGAAGGUAUUAAAGCACACAAUGCAGUUGUUACAUCAGCCAUCUUUGCUCCAAACCCAAGUUUGAUGUUGUCUUUGGAUGUGCAAUCUGAAAAGUCAGAAGGGAAUGAAAAAGGUGAAGAUGUUGAAGUUUUGGAUACUGUGCCCUCUGGUAUUAUGAAGACAGAUAAUACAGAAGUUCUUCUUUCGGCUGACUUCACUGGAGCAAUCAAAGUGUUUAUUAACAAAAGGAAAAAUGUAUCUUAAUUUGAAAUGACAUUUAAAAUAUAUCAGUAAGUUUCUAUAUGUAUCAGAACUGAAAAAAGUAUAGUGUUUCAGGCUAACAUCUUUUUGUUUUAAUUUUUAUUGGAAGUUCAAAUAUAAUAUAUUUUUUGAGAGGCAGUGUUAAUGAUCUAUAAACCCUGGACUGAUAGACUAGAAAGAAAUGUGGCUAGAAUAACAUUGCCAGACAUUAGGCUUUAUGUUUUGUUAUAUUUGUGUUUUUGUUACAUAAUUGUGAACAUGCACAGGUUUCUGCAUGAAAAUAUAUUAAUAUAUUAAUCACAUGUGUGUGCCUUUUGGUUACAUGCACUAAAUCUAACAGAGUUAAAUUAUUUCAGUGGCCCUUUUGGCCUCUUACAGGGAGUGGUGGAGGAGUCUUGUUUCUAGCUUAAACCAUUUCUUUUGCACAAAACUUCAUUUUUCAGAAAAGUGGUAUUGACUGAGUUACUGUUUUGAAAAAGUUAUACAGGUUUUCAAUAGGUCAACAACCAUGUAUAAAUGUUUUUUAUAAAUUUCUCAAUUUGGGGAUAAGAUUUUUUUGUGGUCUAAAUUGUGGACUUAAGACUCUUUUCUUUGUAUGUAUAUAUAUAUCAUUUUUCUUUUUUCUUUUCUCUUUUUUCUUUUCUUUUUCUUUUUCCUCUUUUUCUUCUUUUUUUCUUGCCACACUGGAGCACAAUGUUUCUAUGUAAAGAAUUCUUUUCAUUCUUUAUCCAUGAGCACCAGGCUUUGCUCACGUAAAAAAAUUAAGCCGUAUUAAGGAGUGAGUCUUCUUUUUUACAAUAAUGUAAAAAUGAACUGUUUACAUUUUUUUAAAGCAUUGUAGUUUUAAAAAUUAAGCUGUUUUGUUUUGUGUUGUUGAAUUUGAAAGCCUUUGUAAAUAUUGAUAUAAUGUACCAAUGAAAUAACAUCUGGGGCAAUGGAACCCUGAUCAUGUUGUUGAUGGUUAGCAUAUGUUUCUGAAAAUUAAAUAUGUAUUAUUAAAAGUUGGUCGCCAAACACUUGUUAAAUAUGUGACUUUAUUUUCAAAU